AUGGCGAUCGAGCUGCACGGAUUUUGUGACGCUUCAAUGAAGGCAUACGGGGCAGCAGUUUACGUACGCGUUCUUGAUAGCAAUGGCAACAUCCACGUCAAUCUCAUUUUGUCAAAAGCAAGAGUGGCACCAAGCAAGAGAACAAUUACUUUGCCACGGCUUGAACUUUGUGGUGCCGUGGUUUUGGCGCAACUAUUGCAGUACAUUAAGGAAGUUUUGGCGAUUCCAAAUGUCAAAAUGUACUCUUGGACGGACUCCACAAUAGCUCUAGCGUGGAUACGAGCAACUCCUGCUAAAUGGACCACAUUCGUGUCCAAUCGAGUGUCCGAAAUCCAGCGUUUAGUAGGGAUCGAUUGCUGGGGACAUGUUGGUACGCUUCAUAACCCAGCCGAUCUGGCGUCCAGGGGUGUACUUCCAUCAGAACUUCAGUCGCUGCAAACUUGGUGGAAUGGUCCAGAAUUUCUGCAUCGCAAAUGGGAUUUCGAUUCUCCAGAUCAGCCCGUUAAACCGACACUGAAGAAGAAAAACGCACGGUCAAGAGUCAUCGCUACGUGUGUCCGCUUCAUCAUUAAGUGUCGUCCUAAACUGUAUGGAAUCAUCACCGGUUCAUUUUAUCCAUGGGAGUUAGAAUUAGCUCGUCUUCUCAUGGUCAAAGCUGCCCAAAGUGAAAUGUUUGAGACAGAGUUAAGCUACUUCAAGGCAAAUUCUAAAAUGCCUAAAAGUCUGAGUUCAUUAAACGCAUUUAUUGAUAUAGAUGAGAUCUUGAGAGUUGGGGGUCGUUUAGAGAACUCCCUUUUAUCUUACGAUGCUCAACACCCCAUACUACUACGAAACAACCACCACUUCACGACUUUGGUUGUCAGAGAAGCUCAUAAAAAUACGCUUCAUGGCGGUAUCCAACAAAUGAUAAGCUAUAUCAGACAACGAUAUUGGAUUGGGCAAAUUAGAAGAAGCGUCAAGUAUCAAUUGUUCAGGUGUACUUCUUGUUUCCGGCAAAAGGCAUUUGAAAUGCAGCAAUUAAUGGGUAAUUUACCAGCUGCUAGAGUGCGUAUGGCUAAGCCUUUCAGCCAUACCGGGGUCGACUAUGCAGGUCCCAUUGACAUUAAAUCAUGGAAGGCACGUGGUGCGAAAAUCCUAAAAGGAUAUUUCGCGGUAUUUAUUUGUUUGGCAACAAAGGCCAUUCAUUUGGAAGUUGUAUCCGAUUUGACAACCCAAGCAUUUUUGGCCGCAUUCCGCAGAUUCACUGCAAGAAGAGGAAGCUGCCAGCAUGUCUACAGUGACAGUGGAACGAAUUUUGUUGGAGCUAACAACGAACUAGCGAAGAUGUUAAAUGAAGCAAAACACGACUUUAAAGAAAUCGCGACAACCCUAGCUAACUAUGGUACAAAUUGGCACUUUAUUCCCCCGGCUUCUCCCCACUUUGGUGGAUUAUGGGAAGCGGGUGUGAAAUCCGUCAAGUACCACUUGAAACGCGUUGUAGGAAUGGAGAGGCUAACCUUUGAGGAGCUCGCUACGCUUCUAGCGCAAAUAGAAGCGUGUUUGAAUUCGAGACCCCUAUGCCCACUAUCCGACAGCAUAGACGAUUUGAAUGCGCUCACACCUGCGCACUUUCUAGUCGGCGAAUCGCUACAUGCCGUGCCUCAAGGCGAAACAAACACUAAUAUCUCACAUUUGGACCGUUGGAGACGCGUUCAAUUAAUGUCCGAAAUGUUUUGGCAAAAAUGGAAUUCAGAAUACCUGUCCCGACUUCAGCAACGUCCGAAAUGGACCCAAAUAAAAGAAAUGCCGAAGACUGGCGAUUUAGUUCUUCUUAAAGAUGAGCGACUACCACCCACGUACUGGAAUCUAGCCCGAAUUGAGACAACUCAUUCCGGAACGGAUGGCCUAGUGCGCGUUGUCACCGUCAAAACCAAAAACGGAUCCAUGAAGCGACCGAUUGCAAAAAUAUGUCUCCUACCAUCGAACAAAUCCACCGCAGAAACCACAAUAAUUUAA